AUGGCAGCAGCAGCUGUCGAGGCUGAAGGCUUGAGAGCAACAGUGAAGCCUGCUAUGGCUGAUGAGGGUCAGCAGAGCCAGUUGGUAGCAAAUGCAGCUGGCAAGCACGGUCCUCCAGCAUAUUCAGAUCUUUGCUUAGAACAACAGCUGGCCUUCGAAAGGAGCUGCUAUGAGAUUGUUCAGAUGGAGCGUAGUUUUCAGGAUGCUCAGAAAUGGUGUGAGCGGGGUGGGGGACAUGUUGCUUUCAUCCUGAAUGAAGAAACUCAAGGGUUUAUCCAGAAGCACCUUGCAGCAGAUAAAGACUGGUGGAUUGGGCUGGCUCCAUGGAAACAGAACCUAACUCAGGAUGAAAUGGCCACAGAUGGCCUGGCCUGGCUUGAUGGUACCAACAUCACAUAUAAUAACUGGUCCCCAGAACAUCAGUCAUCUUCAGCAAUGACCUGUGCUUACAUCCUCAAAAACUCUGGACACCUCUGGAUGGGUACAACCAACUGCAACCAAGAGUUUUACUUCAUUUGUGAAUUAAAGUCUGACCAAGCAUUUGCCUGCGACCACUUUAAUGCCACACUGCAGUGUCCAUCUGGCAAUGUGAUUGAAAUUGAUAGUAGCUUUUAUGGCCGUAAAUCUCUCACUUACUGUUCCUCUGAGAUUGUAGCUCCAACUGAGUCACAGGAAUGCAGCUGGAUUGAUGUGAAAGAUAAAAUAGCAGGACUGUGCCAUGGGCUACAGGCUUGCCAAGCUACAGCCGAUCAGGCAACCUUUGGAAACCUUUGUCCAAGAUUAGGCAAUUAUCUUGUCAUAGACUACCACUGCAAAGAAGGUCUCCGUUUGCUGGUGGAUGACGUAUACUCAAUCCUAGAAAAUGUCACUAUCUCUCCAAACUGGUUGCUACAUCCAUAUUCUGGAAACCUCACCUGCGCACUUAACACUGGCGAUGGCUUUGUGAUUGAUCCCUACAACCCACUGCUGCCUUCUAGCAAUGUGACUCACAGGUACAUGACCCCAGGACUCUUCACUAUCAAUGUUGAAUGUACAACUAGCGAUUGGCAUGUGGUGGCACAGAAAGCUGUAUCCAUCCAACAACCUAUCAAUGGUUUUGGAAUCAUCAAGUGCUGUAAUGUUAAUCAAUCAGAAGAUAAUAACUGCAGUGUUCUGUAUGGGGAUCCUUUGUGGAUUCAGUUUCAAGUUGAAGAAGGUACAGAUGUGACCUAUGUUGUACGAGCAGGAGCUGUUGUCCUUCACACGUUUACUGUGUUCAGAGGAAGCAAUCCUCAGAAUUUCACUUUAGAAAGUUCUGCUCAGCUUCAGAUAGGACCAGGCAUACAUCAACUAACUGUUCUCGCUAAGAAUAAUGUGACAACUCACGAAUUAUCUCAGAACAUUACGAUUCAGUUGGUAGAGCCAAUCAAAGGUUUGGAGGCUACGGUAAAUUCAGCUGUUCUGGAGUUAGGAAAUGAUCUCACAGUUAACAUCUCAGUCUUCAGUGGUGCCCCAGUUGAGCUCCAGUUUGAAUUUAUUGGCCCUAAUGAAACUUUUUCUGAAGCCAUUGAAAUUUCUGAUGGAAACCUUGGGGCUUACAGUAUUCCAAUGAAUUCUGAAGGUACUUUUUUGGUGAGAGGGAAUGCCAUCAAUGCCUUUUCUAGAGUUAGUUUUAAUGUUGGAAAUAUCACUGUUGUAGCAAACACUUCAAGUCUGAUACACCAUGAUAUGGAUGAUGGAGCUUCCUUACUUAAUCAAACAGAGGACCAAGCCAAAUUGUCUCCAACAAAAUCACUUCUGAAAGGGGAUCCAGAAGAGAAACCACAGUUUGAAAAAUUUCAAGCUAAAAUAAAUGGGGGACAACUGGAGGUUGCAAAUCCUUUUUCCCAGCUUGUUCUGAGCGCAAGAAAAUGGAAACAUCACAUCAUGGAUGACCAUAGUGAAAUGACUUUCCAGUGGUCCUGUGGUGUAUGCUGGCCAUUAUGGGAUAUUUGUGUGCAGAAUAACCAAAUUAUUACAACUCACCAGGACCUGAUCAUCCAUCCAUCUUGCCUGCCUCCACCAAAUUCUUUCAUUUCAAUCAAGCUAACUGUAAGUAAACCUGACACAACGAACAGUACAGCAGAGAAAUGUCUGAUCUUCACCAAGAAGAGCAAAAAGGGGAUGAAUAUCAGAUGUGAGAACAACUGCAAUCCAGUUGAUAUUUCAAAAAAUGUUACGUUGACUGUUGAUUGUCAAGAUUGCAAGAAUCCAGUUAAAUAUAAUUGGUAUAGAGUGAAUCCAUCAAAACACCAGAUCAACCUUCCUUCUGCCUGUAAUGUCAAACAGCAAAAUGUUCCUCGACAAUCAUUGACAUUAAUGAGGGAAAACACAGCUGUUCUUGUCUUGGGAAAGGAAGAUCUGGUUAAUUUUGCUCCUGUAUUAAAAGUGAGAGCAGUCGGGAUCAGUGACAGUGGUGAAUAUAAAUACAAAGAUUACGUUGUUAGUAUGAUGCCUCAACUACCAGUGCCAUCCUGUAAUGUUUUUCCAAAAGAAGGGUCAACAGUCACAACAAAAUUCAGUGCAAAAUGCACCAUCAAUUGCAGUUCUGAAUCAUCCUGCAAUUCUUCAGACCUUACUUACUGUUUCUUUGUAAAACCAGAUGUUCCUUUACACUGUGGAUCACAGCCAAUAUUGCCACCUACUUACCUACCACUGGGAGACUCAAAGAAUGAUAACCAGUUGAAUAUCACAAUAACUGUCAGAAAUAGUGCGGGCUCCAUUACAAGUGUUAUUACUACAGUGGUGGUUCGUAAGUUCUCAAAUACUGGUAAUGCCAAGGACCUGGCAACACUCUUUUCAGAAAAUUUAGAAGAUAUAUCAAAUUCAACAACCAACAGUUCUUUACUAAUCCAGCUGUUUGAGUCUGUCUCUUCUGAGCUGAAUCAAGAUGCCAGUGCAGGAAUCAUGGGCAAACUAGCACUAGAAGACAAAAAACAGUUGAGGGAAACCAUGCUUUCAAACUUGUCUGUUGUGGAUGUCUCAUCACUGCACUUGGCUGUUCAAGUUUCAGAAGUUCUGAAACAGCUAACCUACAAGUCUGAUGAACUCACAUCUACAUCACAGUUGGAAGCCAGUUCAACACUUCUAAACACGGGAAAAUCAUUGCUGACUUUCAGUGUUGAGGAUGAUGAAGAUCCUGAGAAAAGAAUCAUUGCAGCAAAUACCCUCUUUACUGUGGUUAAUAAUGUUUUGGAAGCUUCAGUAGAAAAUGAUGCUCAAGAAGACUUGGCCAUGGAUAUGCAAAAAGUGAUAUCAGAGAAGUUAUUGGACACAAUUGACCAUUUGCAGGCUGUGGUACUGAAUGAGGCAAUAGCAGACCAAGAACCUGUUCUAAUGAUGAUGCCCUCAGUAAGCAUGUAUCUACAGAGGUGCAGUGAAUUUGGAGACAUUGUCAUAAAUAUGCUUAAAGCAGCAUUCAAGAUUGAAAGUCAGGUUUCUGGAACUUUUAAGCACAAUGGAUUAGAAAUCAGGCAGAAUGGAGCAAGUGUCACUUUGCAUCAGGAAUCCUAUUUGGAAUAUAUUAACCCCAUUAUUAUUAGUCAAAGCAAGGUCUCACGGAAAGAUGCAGCACCUUCCCAAACAGAAAUAGAGAAAUUGCUUUUCUUGGUGCAAACACAUUUACCGUCUUCCUCGUUUAGAAAGAAACAUAGUGUUGUCAAUCCAAUUUCUGGUGACGGUAACAAGCUCCCAGCAGACAGCACAGAAGGAAAUUCCAUUAUUCUUUCUGAUUCCACGGUGACAAGUUUCACUCUUCCAGCAUUCCAGUCUCUGAACAUUCAGGAUGACAUGGACACCAUUGAUGUGCGGAUGGUGAGUUUUUCAGUGAAUCCAUUCAUGUGGACAAGGAAGAAUGAAGUCUCAGGAGCUGUAAGCGGUCUGACAUUGACAUCAAUAAAUGGAACAAUUCAUUCUGUCCAGAAUCUGACAAGGGACAUUGAGAUAAUGCUUCCUAGGUCCAAUGUGAUGCAUGAGAAUCGGACAGAAUUUCGGUUGAGAAACAAUCUUACCACCAUUCAAGUGAAUGUAACAUCAGACAGUGGAACUCUACUGAUUCACGUGGAACCUGAGCAAAGCAUUCCCCUCCUCCUAUACUUCAACUAUGCAGAUGAACCGAAUGAGACCAACUUUCUAGUUUCCACACAGCUACCUAAUACUCAAUAUAUUGGAGAUGCAAAAUAUACCUGGCUUAUUUCUGCUGCUGAGUUGGUGUAUGGAGUGGGAAUAUAUUAUUUGUCUGUGAAGCCUGCUCCAGAUCGAAACUCUUCACAAUUGACAAAUAUUACUGUGGCUUUCACUUCUUUUAUAUCCCAGUGUGUAUACUGGGAUGAAAUUUACAACAACUGGAGUUCAGCUGGAUGUCGUGUGGGCCCUUUAACAACACUGCAGAAUACUCAGUGCCUAUGCAACCACCUCACCUUCUUCAGCAGCUCCUUUUUUGUCAUGCCCAAUGCAGUUGAUGUCAGCAAGACAGCAGAACUGUUCGCCACUUUUGUUGAUAACCCAGUUGUUGUUACAACAGUUGCCUGCAUUUUUGGGCUGUACAUCCUUGCUGUGGUUUGGGCAAGAAGGAAAGAUAAGCAAGAUAUGACCAAGGCGAAAAUAACACUACUUGCUGAUAAUGACCCAUUUGCCCAGUACCGCUAUUUGGUGACGGUUUUUACAGGACAUCGCCGAGGAGCAAGUACAACAGCUAAGGUGACUAUUACAUUAUAUGGCUCAGAGGGAGAGAGUGACCCACAUUUCCUUACUGACCUUGAAAAACCUAACUUUGAGAGAGGAGGGGUUGAUGGAUUUCUUCUAACGACACUUUUCCCACUUGGGGAUCUCCAAAGCAUUCGACUAUGGCAUGACAAUUCGGGGUCUAGUCCAUCCUGGUAUGUGAAUCGUGUAACAGUGCUUGAUUUAGAAACAGAUGAGCGAUGGUGUUUCCUGUGUAACUCCUGGUUGGCUGUUGAUGUUGGAGACUGUCUUUUAGACAAAGCUUUUCCAGUUGCAACUGAGAUGGACCUGAAACGAUUUAGUAACCUGUUCUUCAUGAAGACUGCUAAGGAUUUUCGGGAUGGGCAUAUUUGGUAUUCAGUUCUAAACCGCCCACCGAGGAGUCCCUUUACAAGAGUACAACGUGUGUCGUGCUGUUUCUCCUUGCUUCUCUGUACAAUGUUAACAAGUAUUAUAUUCUGGGGAGUGCCAAAGGAUCCUGCCCAGCAAAAAAUGGAUCUAGGCAAGAUUGAAUUUACCUGGCAGCAAGUGGUGAUUGGUUUUGAAAGCUCACUGCUUAUGUUCCCCAUCAAUCUGCUCAUCGUGCAGAUUUUCAGAAACAUCCGGCCAAGAUCUAAAGGGAAGCAUAUGGAAAGGAAACAAGGCAAACAUGGCCGCAUAUCACCUUCCUUACCAGCCUCUUCGCAAAGUCUACAAACUUGCUCGCUCACACCUCAAGCUGUUAUAAAGGAUAUCCAGAGAAUUGCAAACUCACUAACAAAAACAUUGAAGAACCCAUUACCAACAUUGGACAAGGAUUUGAGGCAAACAACUGAUAUCAACAAACUAUUGGCACUAGUUGAAAGUAUUAUCCGGGAACAAAAUAGAAUGGACCAUGAGUUUUACAAUGAGAAUUGCAAGAAAGAGGAUACACUCAUUCUCAGCCUUGGAUCAGUUGACUUACAAGAACACACCACAAGCUCUGAUUCUGAAAAGGGUGUGAUGGAUAAACAAAGGCGAAGUGAUUAUAAUCGUUAUCUAUACCUGCAGCUCCAGCAUGUGGAGAAUGAACUGGAUUUUCUGGAUUCGAGCAAAUUCCAGAAUCCACAGAGCUACACUCGAGCUGUCCGGCAGGUUCACCACAUGAAGGACCUUCUGGAGAAUGCUAUCCUCUGCUCCAAUUCAGUUUCAGAAAGGUUCUCUCCUACCCCUAGUCUUUCUGAAGACAGCAAAAAAGGACAUUGUUCAAAAGGGUUACCCUGGUGGUUUGUCUUCAUUGGAUGGGCUUUGGUUGCAGUGACCAGUGGUGUAUCGGCCUUCUUUACCAUGCUGUACGGAUUACACUAUGGCAAAGACAGUUCCAUCAAAUGGCUCAUCUCCAUGGCCAUCUCCUUCUUUGAAAGUGUUCUAAUCACACAACCUUUGAAGGUAUUGGGUUUUGCUGCUUUCUUUGCAUUGGUUUUGAAGAAAGUUGAACAGGAAGAUGAUGGCGAGGGUCCAAUUGACAGCACAUUAUCAACUUCAGGAGACCCCAACGCAUUGCUAACAACUCGCAGAGACAGCAGCAAUAAUAUCUACCAGCCACCACCUCAGAUUGAAGUCGAACACAUGAAGAAAAAUUCCAUUAAAGAGCAGAAAGUAUUUGGCUUGAUCAGGGAAAUACUUGUCUAUUUGGGAUUUCUGUGGAUGUUGCUAUUGGUUGCGUAUGGUCAGCGAGAUCCAAAUUCUUAUUAUCUAAAUAAAGCCAUUGAAAACAGCUUCACAAGUGGUUUUGAUGACAUCAUGAGUUACAACGAUUUCUUCAAGUGGGCAAACAGUACACUCAUUACAAAUUUAUUUGGUCUCUACCCAGGUUUUGUCACCGAUGGCAACUCUAAGCUGGUGGGGUCUGCCCGCAUUCGCCAACUGAGAAUAAAGAAUAAUAAUUGUCGCAUACCAAAAAAACUGAGGAGUUCAAUAAAAGAAUGCCAUGCUUUGUAUUCCUUGGAUAAUGAAGACCUCUCUGACUACAGCCUCCAGUGGAAUUCGUCAGUAUCUCUGAAUUUCUCAGACCUGGAUUAUGUCUGGCAAUAUCAGAGCCAAUCAGAAUUGCGUAGUUAUCCAAUCUGGGGCAAACUUGCCAUGUACAGAGGGGGUGGCUAUGUUGCAGAGUUGGGUACAGAUGCACAGGAUGCUUACAGAGUUCUCAAAUAUCUAUUUGACAACACCUGGCUGGAUACCUACACCAGAGCCAUUUUUGUGGAAUUCACAGUCUAUAAUGCAAAUGUGAAUCUUUUUUGUAUUGCUACGUUAAUAUUAGAAAGUAAUGCUAUAGGCGCCUUCUUUACACAUUCUACUCUUCAGAGUAUCCGUCUCUAUCAGUAUACAAACGGGCUGCACGUUUUUGUUGUUGCAGCUGAAGUGGCAUAUUUCCUCUUCCUCAUCUAUUACAUGGUGAUUCAGGGAAAACUAUUGAGGCAGCAGAAGUGGAAUUAUUUCAAAAGCAAAUGGAACCUUCUGGAGACAGCCAUUAUAAUGAUCAGUUGGAGCACGCUUUCUGUAUUUAUAAAGAGAACCAUUUUGGGAAAUCGGGACAUUGAGCACUAUCACAAUCACAAAAAAGAGUUUGUAAGUUUCUACGAGACUGCAAUUGCAGAUGCAAUCAUGGGUUACCUGAUUGCCUUCCUGGUUCUCCUAGCAACCAUCAAACUUUGGCAUCUGCUGCGCAUCAAUCCCAAGCUCAACAUGAUCACCUCGACUUUAAGAAGAGCAUGGGGUGACAUCUCAGGCUUUCUGACAGUCAUUUUGAUCAUGUUUCUUGCCUAUUCUAUUGCAACAAAUAUAAUGUUUGGUUGGAGCAUGUCCUCUUACAAGACUAUAUUUGAUGCUGCAGAAACAAUGGUCAGUCUUCAAUUGGGGAUCUUCAACUAUGAAGAGGUAUUGGACUACAACCCAAUCCUGGGUUCAUUUCUGAUUGGAUCUUGCAUCAUCUUUAUGACAUUUGUUGUCCUGAAUCUCUUCAUUUCUGUUAUACUCGUGGCUUUUAGUGAGGAGCAGAAGAAUUACAAGGCUUCUGAAGAAGAAGAAAUAGUUGACCUAAUGCUGACAAAAUUGUGCAGCUUCUUAGGGAUGAAAAAUAAGAAGGGUUCUGGUCAGUCAGGAGAUUGA